AUGGUGACAGGUGUGCACCACCACGAGCAGCCUUGUAACCAAGAGCCCGGAGAGGGAGCACACGUGACAGUACCAGCCCCAGCCGCACCCCUACCCGGCGCGUUCGGCUCCAGCCGCAGGACGCCAACCCAAGGGACGAUCCAGGAGCGAACCUGUCGCCGGCUAGGAGGCGUGGACCUGACAGACCGGCUGAGGCAGGGGAGUCUGGCGAUCCGGUUGAGGCAUGAGAGACUGACGUGCCAGUGGAAGCAGGGAAGCCUGGCGAUCCAGCUGAGGCAGGGAAGCCUGGAGAAGGCCGAGGGAGGGGCGCAGGUGGUCAUCGUAACGACUGGGCCCACUGAUGUAGGGAGAGGUGGGCCGACAGCGGCAAAGCAGCCACAAGCACCUGGUGCUGAGGAACAAGUUAUCCGUGUUGAGGGCACGGGGUUGCAACUUGUAUUAGAGGGAAAUGUUAUGCUACAGAAAAGUAUUGUUGUAGAAGGUAAGGAUGUAUCUGAAGAGACAGUUCCUCAGACUGGUGAGCAGGUGCCCAGUAUGAGUGCUGGGGUAAAGGAGGGGGUUCAUGUGGAGCUAGGCUCCCAGGUAGUGGAGGAGAUGCCCAUUGUGAGUAACGGGGUACAGGAGGGGAUUCAUGUGGAGCUAGGCUCCCAGGUAGUGGAGGAGAUGCCCACUACGAGUAAUGAGGUUCAGGAGGGUUUUCAUGUGGAGCUAGGCUCCCAGGUAGUGGAGGAGAUGCCCACUACGAGUAAUGAGGUACAGGAGGGUUUUCAUGUGGAGCUAAGCUCCAAGGUAGUAGAGGAGAUGCCCACUACGAGUGCUGGGGUUCAUGUGGAGCUAGGCUCCCAGUUAGUGGAGGAGAUGCCCACUAUGAGUAGUGAUGUUCAGGUGGGGCUAGUCUCCCAGGUAGUGGAGGAGAUGCCUGGUACGAGUGAUGAGGUGCAAGUGGGGAGUGUUGAAAGGGAUGUGGUAGAGGGGAGUCAGUUGUCUGUGGUCUCAGCUGAGGAUCAGGAGAAUGAUAUGGAUAUCUCUUUAGAUAUUACAACUGCUGGCGAGGACUCAGUUUAUGAUCUAGAGGAGGUAAAUUAGUUUUUGGAUCAGACUUUUGGGAAAUCUGUCAAAUUGGCAGAUUAUUUUGAUGUUGAUAAGUUUGUGAGGUCAGCUGUGAUGUUACAGAAGACGGUGGGGUUAGACCAAUUGAGUGAGAAGAAGGAAAUGUAUUA